AUGGGGGACCUAAAUGCCAAAGUUGGUGCCGAUAACUCAGGCAGUGACAGGGUAAUGGAAAGACACGGGAGUGGCACUAUCAAUGAAAAUGGAGAGAGACUUGUCGAGUUUUGCACAACAAAUAAUCUGGUGAUAGGUGGGACCCUUUUCCCACAUCGAGAGAUCCAUAAAAUCACAUGGUGUUCUCCAAAUGGCAGAGAUAGGAAUCAAAUUGAUCACCUGAUGAUCAAUGGGAAAUGGCGGAGUUCCCUUCGGGAUGUGAAGGUGAGGAGAGGAGCUGACAUUGGUAGUGAUCAUCAUCUGGUGACAGCCUGUGUAAAAUUGAAACUAAAGGGUGCAGGGCGUCCAGCCAAGGGGCGCAGCCGUUUCGAUGUGGCUCAACUGAAACAUCCGAAUGUGCGAAAAUCUUUUAUCCUCGAGGUGCGCAACAGAUUCGAGGCUCUUGCGGAACUAGACGAGAAGGAGGAUAGUAUCAACGAAGGAGUAAAUAAGAACUGGGCGAACAUUGUUACUGCUUAUAGCGAUAGCGGCAAGGCAUGUCUGGGCUACAGGCAGCGAAGGCCGAAGGAAUGGAUGUCACCUGAUACCUGGAAUGCAAUUGAAAGUAGACGAAGGCUAAAAAGGAAAGUUAUGGACUCAAAAUCUCAACGGCUCAAAGAAAGGCAUCAGCAGAUGUACCGGGCAGCCAACAAGGAGGUGAAACGUCGAGCAAGAGCAGACAAAAGGAAGUACAUGGAGAACCUUGCAUCCUUAGCUGAGGAAGCAGCAGCACGCAAUGAACAAGGAACAGUAUAUAAGAUUACCAAGGUCAUAACAGGUAAAUGUCACACAACCAACACGCUUGUAAAGGAUAAGAACGGUACCUUACUAACAUCAGAGGGAGAACAGGAACGGCGCUGGACGGAACACUUUAGAGAGGUUUUGAACAGACCACCACCAACAGAAGUGCCAAACAUCCAGGAAGCCGCAACCGACCUUGACAUCAGCACAGACGUUCCAACAAGGAGGGAAAUCAUCCAAGCCAUAAAUUCCCUGAAGAAUGGAAAAGCUCCUGGUGAUGAUAAUUUAAAUGCUGAACUGUUUAAAGCAGACCCUGAACUUGCUGCAACCAUUCUGACCCCCUUUUUUACAAAGAUAUGGGAGCAGGAAGAAAUUCCGUCAGAUUGGAAGCACAGCAUUCCAAAUGAUCUUAAAGUCAUAGAAUCAUUGAAUAAAGAUGUCGGCAGCAACGAUGAUACAAGUGAACAUUCUAGCAUUGACAAUGAAGAUAUUGUAUACGAUGAAUGUACAGAAACAAGUAGCGUUGUCCCUGAUAUCGAGAAUGAUGAGUUAGAGUCUGAAGCGAUUAGAAAUGCAUUGUUAAAUAAUAAAAUUGAUUCGCCUCAACUAGGGGAAAGACCAUUGAAUAAAUACGCAACACCAUUUCUUGCUACAAUGGCAUUUCCAACAUUAUUUCCAGAUGGAAAAGGUGAUUCGACAAACCCAUGUCUUUUACGCGAUGUGUUGUGGAAUUUAGUUAACGCGUGGUUGAGCACACCAACCAUAAGAAAAGUCAUUUACAUAGUGUGCACAGAUAUAGUGUUAGGGUCGUAA